AUGGUUCUAGCAAACGACAUACCCGAACCCGUUCACAUAAAACUCGAUAAUCAAGUCCCAACCUUACAAGAGUAUUCUUAUGCACUUUCAGAGCUUGAAUUCUUAGCCACACAAUCACUCGUACGCUUCGAACCGACAUCUGCUUUGCCAGUCGUCAAACUCAUAUGUGGAACAUACGGGCCUUUUUCUCCGCCUCGUAAAACCUAUGUUCCAUUAUGGCUUGCUUUAUGUCUUUACGAACAUGAUCGAGGGAGGAUUCUGUUACCGGAAUGGAUGACUGCUGAGGCGUUGGCAAAGAGCGUGGAAGAAGAACAAAAGUUUGAAGGAGUGUUCAGUUCCAUUCAUCCCCAUUGGAUGGUGAUAUCCAAAAUUCUUAUCGAGAAAACGGGCCAAGAUAUUCCAAACCUAGAAGAAAUUAAAAAAAGUCUACAACGUCUCAAGGAAAUUCGAUGGGAGAAAAUGCGUCGCGGUGUAUCGGAACUCAAUCCGUAUCAUUUGCAGACAAACAAUCUUAGCUACAUGGAAAUCAAUCUUAUACGGCCGGUAUUUGUAAAGGCAAUGCAAACUUUGAGAAAAAUAAAUCCGGCCGAGUCGACAGCAUUAUGA